UUUGGGGGGGUCUCUCCUCAUCUCCCCCCCCCUCGGGACCCCCUUUUUGCCCCCCCGGGGUGUCCCGGGCCCCGCUGCCGCCGCUGCGGGGGGGGCAGCGUUUCGUGCCCCCCACCCUGAUUUGGGGGGUGACCCCGACCUCGCGCUGCCUGCGGGAGCCGGCCGCGGGGCCGCUGCUGCUGCUGCUGGGGGUGCGCGGCCCCCCCGAGGCCGCGGCCGUGGCCUCAGCCCUGCCCGGGGCUGGCGCCGUGUCCCUGUGGGCACAGGACGUGGGCACGGCGCUGGACACCGCUGAGAGGCUGCCCCAGGCCCUGGUGUGCCUCAACUCCCUGGACGUGCCCGAGCCCCCGGUGGGCAGCGCCUGGGGGGCUGCAGACACCGAGCUGCCUGAGGUGGGGGUCCCUGGGGGGGCUCGGGGGGGUCCUGGCUGCUCGGGGAGGGGGCCAGGGGCUUNGGGGGGUCCCGGGACCCCCGGGGGCGGCGACAGCGGCGACAUCGAUCCCGGCCUGCAGGGGGCGCUGCUGCGCUGGGCGGCGCGCGCCGAGCGCCUGGGCGGGGCCGUGCAGGAGCUGCCCGGGGGGCGGGCCCUGCUGACGAGGCGGCCGCUGGGCGUGCUGGGCGUGGCCUGGGGCUGGCCCCGCCCCCCGGCGCUGGAGCUCCUCCCCCCGGCGCUCGCGCUCGGGAACGCCGUGGUGGUGGUGGCGCCCCCUGGCGGCCUCGACGCCGCACAGGGGCUGAGGAAGGCUCUGGUGGCCGCGGGGCUCCCGGGGGGGGUCCUGGCCGUGCUCCCGGGCCCCUCCCGGGGCUGCGGGCGGCGCCUGGCGCGGCAGCGGCCGGACGGGCUCUGGCUGUGCGGGGGGGACGCGGACUGUGACUGGGCCUCUGUCGCCAGCGUCCCCCACGUUUGGGGGGUCCCGGCGGGGCUCCUGGGGGCUCCGGGCCGGGACCCCCCGCCCGGCGCGGAGCGGGAGCUGGAGCUGCGCUGCAGCCGCCCCCGCUGCCUCUGGCUGCCGGGGGGCGGCCCCUGAGACCCCCCCGGGCCCCCCCAAACCCGGGGGGAUUUCAGCCCGCGCCCCCCGCCUCAAUAAAGCGCUCCGAGCCGCA